AUGGUUCGGGCGUCGGUGAAGGUGGGUUCGGCGAAGUUGGUAGUGAUCUGCGUGGGCUUGUUGGGUUUCGCUCUCAUCGCCGACUUUCUAUGGGCCUCUACUUCUUCCACGCUUCCCACUUCCAAACCCUCCACAUUGGUCCUCCCUCGAGAGAAAAUUAAUCACAGCAAAGAUUACCAGAAUGCCACUGCUUCUGGAAGAUUCCUCGCCGCCGCUUACGCCGAUUUGGAUGCGCCGCUCCUCAAAUGGCAGAAGAUGGCCCCGGCUCCCGUUCCUCGCCUCGACGGAGCCGCUAUUCAGAUUCGCAAUCUCCUCUUCGUCUUUGCCGGCUACGGCACUAUCGAUUACGUGCAUUCUCACGUUGAUGUGUAUAAUUUCAGUGACAAUACUUGGGGAGAGAGAUUCGACAUGCCGAAAGAGAUGGCGCAUUCGCAUUUGGGAAUGGUGACCGAUGGGAGAUACAUUUACGUGGUUACUGGACAGUAUGGCCCGCAGUGCAGAGGUCCCACUGCUCAUACUUUUGUGCUCGAUUCUGAAACCAGGAAAUGGCGGGAUCUACCUCCUUUGCCGGUACCUAGAUAUGCACCAGCAACCCAACUUUGGAGAGGUAGACUUCAUGUGAUGGGUGGCAGUAAGGAGAAUCGACAUACGCCUGGAUUGGAACACUGGAGUCUUGCUGUGAAGGAUGGAAAAGCUUUAGAAAAGGAGUGGAGGAGUGAGAUACCCAUUCCUCGUGGAGGACCUCACAGGGCUUGUGUUGUGGUUGAUGAUCGGCUUUUUGUUCUUGGUGGUCAAGAAGGUGAUUUUAUGGCCAAACCUGGGUCACCUAUUUUUAAGUGCUCACGCAGACCAGAGGUGGUCUAUACCGAUGUUUACAUGCUGGAUGAUGAGAUGAAGUGGAAAACGUUGCCUCCAAUGCCAAAACCAAACUCACAUAUUGAAUUUGCUUGGGCACUUGUAAAUAAUUCCAUUGUCAUUGCUGGAGGCACAACAGAGAAGCACCCGGUAACGAAGAAGAUGGUUUUAAACGGAGAAGUAGUCCAGUUUAACUUGAAUACUCUGAAAUGGUCAGUGAUUGGAAAAUUACCAUUCCGAGUGAAAACCACUCUUGUUGGAUUUUGGAAUGGAUGGUUGUACUUCACUUCAGGACAGCGAGACAAGGGACCUGAUGAUCCAUCACCCAAAAAGGUUAUUGGAGAGAUGUGGAGAACAAAAUUAAAACUGAAUGAGUGA